UCCAGUGGCAACGAGGAUGCGUUGGAGGGCCGCAUGGAGCCGGACCAGUUCCCCAGCGCCAGCGCCCUGAGGCAGUCCUCCCUGAUGCAAAGCUGCCCCUUCAAAGGAGUACCCAAGUGCCCACCCGCCUCCAAGAGGUAUCGCACCCAUGACGGCACCUGCAACAACUUCAACCGUCCACGAUGGGGCUCCACGAUGACCCCGGUGCAGAGGUUCCUGGCGCCAUCCUACUCGGACGGUCUGCAGGCGCCCAGGGUCUCGAUCUUCGGCUCCAAGCUGCCUUCUGCCAGGGAGAUCAGCGCCGUGGUCCACGCCAGCGAGAACGCAGAGAACCCUGGCAUCACCCAUCUGCUGAUGCAGUGGGGACAGUUCUUGGAUCACGACAUCACGUCGUCUUCGCAGUCGAGGGGCUUCAAUGGGUCCGUACCGAGGUGUUGUAAGGACGGCGGGAGGGAUUUCAUGCCAACGGAGUUGAUGCAUCCGGAAUGCUUCCCGAUAGCAGUGCCUGCAUCGGAUCCUUUCUACGGCGCACGCGGCGUGCGGUGCCUGGACUUCGUGCGAUCAUCGCCGGCUCCCCGCGACGGCUGCGAGCUCGGCUGGCGGGAGCAGCUUAACCAAGUGUCAGCUUACAUCGAUGCGUCGCCGCUGUACGCCAGCUCGGCGCGCCAGUCCGAUAAACUGAGGCUGUUCAGAAACGGCAUGCUUCAGUACGGGCGCGUGCAGCAGCGUCGCCCACUCCUGCCGCCGGAGCGGCGCGACGAGCUGUGCCGCGGCGGCGCGCUCUCCACCGACUGCUUCCGCUCCGGCGACGCGCGCGUCAACGAGCACCCCGGCCUCGUGGCCGCGCACAUCGUGUGGCUGCGGCACCACAACCGAAUGGCUCAAGAACUGGCACACCUUAAUCCACAUUGGAGCGACGAGAAGAUCUACCAGGAAACCAGGAAGAUAGUGGGAGCAAUGGUACAACAGAUCACUUACAGGGAGUUCCUGCCGAUUGUUCUAGGUGCUGAAGUAAUGCGCCUAUUCGAGCUGGAGCCCUUGAGCAAGGGUUACUUCAAAGGCUACAACCCGAAGGUGAACCCGAGUCCGGCCAGCUCGUUCGGCUCGGCUGCCUUCCGCUUCGGCCAUAGCCUCGUGCAGUCCUCCAUGAUGCGAUACGACCGCUUCCACAGACCCAUCAAUAACAGAAGCAGCUUUAUGUCUGAAAACGCAGACCGAAUACACAUGUUACGUUAUCGCGCUAAAGCAAAUAAAAAUAAUCAAGUGCCUGUUACAGACGUGUCCCUCCACAACGAGCUAACCAAUCCCUCAAACAUUUGGAGCAUGGGCGCCGUGGACAGACUUCUAUUGGGCAUGGUCAAUCAGCCAAUACAAAAACGUGACGAAUUUAUAACUGAAGAGCUCACCAACCACCUGUUCCAAACACCCCAUUUUGAUUUCGGCAUGGAUUUGGCCGCCAUCAACAUUCAAAGAGGGAGGGACCACGGCAUGCCGCCGUACACAACAUGGCGGGAGCCCUGUGGUCUGUCUCAGAUCACUGGUUUCGAGGACUUAUCUAGAGUUAUGCCCAAAAGGGUCGUGAGGAAGAUCAAAAGUUUAUACAGGCAUGUAGAUGACAUCGACUUGUUUACCGGGGGAAUGGCAGAAAGACCAGUUGUGGGAGGUCUGGUAGGACCAACCUUUGCUUGUAUCAUUGCACAGCAAUUUUCCAAUCUUCGGAAAGGAGAUAGAUUCUGGUAUGAAAAUGGAGGAUUUGACUCAUCGUUCACUCCUGCUCAAUUGCAACAAAUACGUCGCGUGUCGUUCGCCCAAGUUCUCUGCCGUACUUUGGACACCAUUGACAAUAUUCAACCAUUCGUAUUUCUGUCACACGACAACCCCGACAAUGACAGAAUCUCGUGCCAAAAUGGUUUACUUAAUAACUUUGACUUAUCUCCCUGGGUAGAAAUCAACUCUGACCACAACAACGACAUUAGCAAGUCCGACGACAUCAAAAGUAGUACUACUAUAAAGCCUAAAAGGCCUAAACCUGUGACAACGACAAAAAGACCACUGACGACAAAAAAGACACAAAAACUAUCCACAGCUUCUACCCAUAAAACAACCCAAAAGAAAACUAGUUUGUUAAAUAAUUCAACAAAGACUCAAAAUGUGACAAAACCAAAACAGACUACCACAACAAUAAUGAACAAAACUGACACGACCCUUAAAGAUAAAAACGACUCGACUAUUACUAUGAAACCUGAAAAGACUGUAUCUAAACUAAACACUACACAAAAAAUUGACGACAAACUUGACUUUAAAAACAAAAGUAGACGCUAUGAUGACUUGAAUAACGAUAAGACUGACACACGACAAUACCAGAACGGUACAAAGAAAACUUACGACUAUGAGUAUGACGAUGACGAAGAACAGACAAUACAAAACGUUCAAACCGUUGUUGUAAACAACUUCUCACAUAAACGACCUUACCACAGACCGACAGACUUUUUGACAGUAACAGAAAAUACUAACAAAUAUACUUACUUGAUAAACUACGUUCCAAGACCAACUGAAUCAUGGCGACACACGACUAGAAAGCCUCACGACCGAAACAAAGACAGAGACGUGAUUAAAGUGACUUACCAGACAUACGACGACACGUACAGACGACCGACUAAGCCCCACUAUUACAACAAAGAACACGACCGAGACAGACUUGAUAACUUUGACUACGAAAACUUUUACAGACACAACAGACCAGUAUCACAAUCACAAACGACUAACAGAAAUCAACUGCAUUCAUCCGCCCGAUCUAACGGUGAAACUGUUUUGACAACGACAAAAACUAAAACUACGACUGAUAAAUCAUUUGACAAAGUUAGCUCUUCGACAGAGAACUUUUACAAAUUGGUGACUUUUGGAUACGUAGGUACUUACAGAGGUGACAUGACUGAACAAUUUCGUAGCAAAAACGACACCGAAUUGACUGAGAGACAUAACUUAGGCCAUGACGUAAUCAGCAAGGACUUUUCCACUUACGAGACUAAAAAACUUGACCCAGUUAACAAUGACCAGACUGAUAACAUGAAACUAUCCACAUUCUUCCUUUACGAGACAGCGACUCGACCUUACAGUAACGUUUACAGACCGACAAGACGACAUGACGAAGAGAAAGUCCAGACUAAAGGUAACGCUAAUAAGUAUUACUAUAUUAAAAACGUGUUACACAAAUACGGCGAGACUGACGAAAUACCGACCGUCAAAUCUACAGAAAUAAAAAAAGACAUUAUUAAAGAGAACUAUAACAACCCCGGAGUUCCAUAUAACGUAGACAUAGAAGAAAGAUCUGCUCCCGGGAAAAUGGAACUACUGGAAGAGAUAGAAUCAAAAGCCGUUAAUUCGGAAAAACAAAAAGUUAAAGUUAAAAAGCCAAGUAAUGAAGCAAAGACUCCUUCAGUAGCUUUUCAAAUAAUACCAAGCGAAAACAGUCCUUCUCAAUGGGCGAUAUACGAUGAAAAGACUGAACUAUCUGAUGAUCUACCACACCGGAUGCCAACCAUCAAAGGAGACCCGUAUGCCUUAAAGGAAAUCCCGCGACCCAUGAACUUAAACAGUAUGAGGAGACGACGACCGGGGAAUAUGUGAUUUCUACAGGAAGACGCCAUAAUUUAACUAAUUAAUACGGGAAUGAAUUAUGAAACAAAAAACUUAUCUAAAACAAGUGUUCCUAGAUAAAUAUGAAAUAAUUCCUAAUAUAUGGAUUUAAUUAUUUAUCUUAAGUUGUAAAUCUAGUACGAGUUUUGGUAGAUUUUUUGAAUACCCACAUUUUCAUUCGCCUCUAGCCGAAAUUAGAGUACAUUCAAAUUUGAAAAACUAUGACAGUGACCAAUUUAUAAAGAUGUGUGACAAUGACAACAAUGAUGACAUAAGUGACAAAGAAGACAAGACUUACUACUGACUUUGAGGAGUUUUCUCAUUUAAUACGUAAUUCGUAUAGACUACAACUACAUACAAUUAACUGAAUGUUGACACAAUAACUUCGUAAUAAGUAAAAAUUAUGGCUCUAAAUCUUAGACAAGACAGUCUACAAUCCAAAUGGAUUUUGAAAGAAACGCAUGAAGUUAUACAGACUUAAUGACAGUAAGACUUGAUUUACAACUUUGUUGUUUAAUGACUUGACUUCUAAGCUUGACUUUGGACUUUUGACCAAGUAACGAUACCAGACUCGAUAACUGAAUAAUCUGACUCAUUAGUAAUUGAUAAUCAAAAAAAAUAUGACAAUAAUUUUACUUCAAAAAGGCUUUCCUUUGACUAUACAAAGAUUAGUUGCUCAGUGACUAUACAUAAAAUUGACCAACCAAAAAUUGAGUGACUUGUUAUUGACAACUACACACCACAAGUCAGUAUCGUUUAGUUAUGACUUUGAGUUAAGUACUUAAAUGUUUUGCUUUAGUUAUUAUUCUGAUACUUUGAGGUAUUAAGUAUACUGUAAUCAAUAAACAAGACUGACUAACCAACUGGCUAAAGAAUUUUUAGUAAAUUGACUCAUGACUGAAGAAACGAAUAAAGAACAACUUACAUUUAGUCACAUAUACCUAUGACUUCUACCAACUAUAAAGAUGUUAAGUAAAUGUAAGACUAUUUAAUUAUACUUUAAUGAUUUUGACUGACUGCAUGCAACAAAGACUUAUUGUACUUGAUAUUUAUAAUUGCUUUAAAGCUUAUCACAAUAGGAACUGACUGAGAUGUGACUUAGACAAUGUUACUGAAUUUGAAAACAUUAAUUACGAUCUCUAUUAACACAAUAAAUAACUAGUAUUAUAAAGAAAUGGAAGUUGCAAACUUCCUUUUAUUAUAUAAGUUUACUUUUUAAAACUAAACUUAAGGAACCAGGUUUAAAAUUACAUUAAAAUCCUUUUAUAACAAUUUACUAUGCUGGUGGUUCCCUUAAUAAUAUAAAAUCUAUUGCUGUUACGAAGCAUACCACCGAAAUUUGGUUAUUAUUUUGUAAUAAUUAUUGAAAACAAUUUGUUUUUUAACAGUUUAUUUAAAAUACAAAUAUAAUUUAAUAAAUAAAUCCUACUAAGUAGAACUUUACACAAUCACAUAAAACAUCUAUGAGUAAAUACUUAGUUAAGUACAUUUCUAUUAUUAUAUAAGUAAACCCAAAUUUGAAAAUACAAAGUUGAUUUGAUACUUAUAUAAGUUAUGUUUUAUUUCAUCCCUAUUUAAGGUCACAUACUAAGGACAAAUGAGUGAACAGAAUAAAAUUAGGAGACAGACUAUCUACAAAUUAAAAAAAAGAAAAUUACAGUUAGUGAAAAAAUGUACAUAAAUGCAAAAUAACAUUCCUUUGCAUUUCAUUGUUUAAAUUAAAAAACUUAAUUUAUCCAUACAAUAAAAUAUGCAGCAUGUCUUUUCUCUAGUUCACAUUGUAGAAAAAUAUUCACUUUUAUUGACAAACCCGAGACAAGCAUGGAAUGACAAUUCAACACAGAUUCUUUAUCCAUUAUAAUAUUUUACUACUAACUAACAUUAUUAUUACCUUGGUUUAAUCCCUUUCUGGAUAAUAUUGUACAAGUGAUUCGGCCAAUUCUUGUGCUAGCUCUGGGGUGCUAGCACACAGAACCCUUCGUGAUAAUAAAUCGAAGGGUCCUCCAGAUGGGUCUAUACACACUCCACCAGCCUCUCUAACGAGAAUAUCCCCAGCAGCUACAUCCCAUGCAUGUAUACCAAACUCAAAAUUGGCAUCUGCUCCACCCAUGGCAACCAUAGCCAUAUUCAAAGCUGCAGAACCCAAUGAUCUCACACCAUGACCUUUGUUAACCACCAUUUUAAAGUUUUCCAUAACUGCUCUACAUUUUUCUUCAUCACGGCUCGUCCCUGCUUCAAAAGCAAUCAAAGCCUUCUUCAGCUCAUUUAUUUUAGAAACAUGAAUUUGUCUGCCGUUCAGAAAGGCUCCUUGACCUUUUUUAGCUGUAAACAACUGGCCAAUAAUUGGAUUAUAGAUUAUUCCAGCAACUGAUUCUUUAUUUAUCACUAGGCCAAGGGAAAUACAACUGUGAGGAAAUCCAUGAACAAAAUUCAGGGUACCAUCUACUGGAUCUAUCACCCACGUAGGGUCAUCAGUCAAGAUGCAUUUAGCACCAUCAGCAACCGAUUCUUCUCCUAUGAAUUUGUGUUCAGGAAACGUUUUUGACAAUCCACCAAUUAGCAUUUCUUCUACAUUUUUAUCAACUUCUGUCACUAAAUCAAUGUCGCAGGAUUUAAAUUCGAAUUCUUUACACCCGCUAACAUGCUCUGUUAUAAGUUUUCCAGCCGCUUUGACGAUAGCUAAAGCCUCGUCAAAAUAUUCAUCUAUUAAUUCAGACAUUUUGAGUUAUGAGUGAGGCAACAAACGUCCAAUACUGUUUACUCAAUAUAUUCCGUUAUUAUUGUGUCAUCAAAUUUAUUUCGUAUAGAUAUUAAUAACACAAAAUCGAAUUUCUGGCCCCAAAGAACUUAAAAAUCUGUGAUGUGAAUAAUGUGAUUAUUACUGAAAAUCGGAAAAUUCUGAAAU